CAGGGCAGCUGGGCUGGGGUCGCUGGCAGCAACUGGAUCACGACGCACCCCACGUUCACAGAAAUGAUGUCACUUGAUAUAUCUGACAGUACUCAAAUCUACACUGCGUUCAUGGUGUACCUGGACCUCCUGGAAGGGAGAAACUGGCAUGAGGUGAAGCAUGUGGGAGUAGCAGAACUGCAGCUGGUCUGUUUACAUGCACGUGCAAGGGAGCAGGAGAGUGUCCAAGUGAUGGUGCCAGUACCUGCACACAUACGGAUGAGCCAUGAGAGGUUAAGAGAAAUACUGAAGAAAGCCUCUCUCCCCCCGGAGGAUCCUGACACCCCAGUGUCAGUUACCUUGGCCAUAGUUGAGACAGAUUCCACCAUAGUCUACUACAAAAUGACUGAUGGCUUCGUGAUGCCAGAUCCUCCUGACGAUACCGAAGACAUGGACAAUAAACAGUGGAGGAAGAAAAGAAAGAGGCUUUUCAAAUGA